ACAAACCAACCCACGUGACCGAGCGAUAAGCUACAGGCGUUCAAGAUGGCGGCGAACGGGGUCUUCCUCCGUGGAGCUGUUUUUCGGCCGACAUCAUGCCCGGCAGUGAGGAACAUGGCAACGUUGAAAGACAUCUCCUUGCGACUACGAAGUGUCAAGAACAUCCAGAAGAUCACCAAAUCCAUGAAGAUGGUUUCAGCUGCCAAGUUUGGCAGAGCAGAGAGGGAACUACGACCAGCAAGGGUUUAUGGAGCAGGUGCUUCAGCUUUGUAUGAGAAAGUAGAAAUCAAACCGAGUGAUGCAGAAAAAGCUAAACCUAACAACUUAGUGGUUGUGAUGUCAUCUGAUCGUGGACUAUGUGGUGGUAUCCAUUCCAACUUGGUCAAGGCUGUGAAGAGUGCUUUGACAGAAAGAGAAGGUGAAAACACAAAAAUUGUAGCAUGUGGGGAGAAAUCCAGACAACUUUUCCUCAGGACACAUGCUAAUCACUUGCUGAUGAGCUUUUCCGAGAUUGGCAAGAGGCCUCCUCAGUUCUGUGAGGCAACAUUCAUAGCACAGGAAAUCCUGGACAGUGGAUUCCAGUUUGAUAUGGGAGAGAUGUACUAUAACUGGUUCAAGUCAGUGGUGUCUUAUAGGACUCUGACCAAACCUCUUCACUCAUUUGAAACCUUGAAUGCUGCCUCAGGAGAGAUCCUAAGUUCCUAUGAUGACCUAGAUUCUGAUAUUAUAAAGAACUACUCUGAGUUCUCUCUUGCCAGUCUUCUGUUUUAUGGCAUGAAGGAAGGAGCUUGCAGUGAGCAGAGCUCUCGCAUGACUGCGAUGGACAGUGCAAGCAAAAAUGCUGGUGAAAUGAUUGAUAAGCUGACGCUCACAUACAACCGCACCCGUCAAGCUGUCAUUACCAAGGAGUUGAUUGAGAUUAUUUCAGGGGCUGCCGCUCUCGAUUAGUUUGUGGACUUUUUUAUUGGAACAAAGUGUUAAUUAAUGUUUGUAACAGUUCAAAUAAACAUUCCUUUGAGGGAGAAUUUCCAUACCUCUCCAAA